AUGUCCUUCGCAGAUUGGCAUUCUGGAGUCUCCGUCGCCACAACCGACAGCCAACAUGGGUUUAUUAACAUGUCCACCGUGGACGACCUUUCUUACACCCCGUCCGAGGAAGAGAAGUACCGCGACGCUGCCCAAAUUGCUGCCACUGGGCGUCGCAGUUGGAAAACCCUUAGAGGAAAGGGCGAAGCGGUUUGGCCACCCAAUUUGUUAGGAGGCCGCUCUGAUCGAAGGCAAGCCACGCUUUGCAUUGGUUUCACGGAGACUGUGACUAACGCCAUUUCAUUAGCCCUUGAAAAAUAUCAACCAGAGGGAACGCGGCCGAACAAACUUCUUGGUCGCUUUCCGAUGCGGAAUCGCUUUAUUUCGGAUUAUAUUUUUGAGGUUACUGGCAAGCAGAGGACCCCUAAACAAGUAGGGAGUCGCCUUCAGCAGAUGCGAGAUACUUGUAAAGGCGGACCCAUAAUGGAGUUAAUCUCCCGUCGAUUUUCGUCCGCAGAAGCCGAGACUAUGACAGAAUCCUCUGGAACCGCGUCGGAGGGCAGUCGUCACGCCUCUCAAACUCCUUACGAGAAUUCCUCUUCCAGGGAUCACCCCACCGUUGUUUAUGUCGAAAUCUCCGUUCAACCCUCAAUGUCUCCCGUUCCGACAAUUCACUUCAUUUCGAACGACAUCGCAAACCCCCUCGUCGUCUGUUUGGCCCCUUCGGCUGUCCCGGCUUAUCAAGGACACAGCGUCUCUCGUAAUUCCCGAGGCUCUGUGCUGCGCACCUUAUUAAACACUGUCGAAUUUGCGUCGCCCUGCGCUCUUACCCUGCGCUCGGUUUUUGAUGUUUACCGCGAUGGUUCGCACUCACCGAUCCACACGGAGGACGUUCCACUCAAGUGCGUUUCAUCACCGGUGCAAAGUUCUGGAUGGCUUUACAGCGCCGAAAUUACCCCGGCCUUUUGGAAAACGCUCUGCGAGAAAAAAGACCCGACGCGGUACACGAUCCUGCAGCGACUGACCCCAAUUCAAUCGUGCCGAACCCCGAGCAUCGCCUGCCGCUCCUCUGCUCCUCCAGAAUUGGCUCCAUCCUCUCAAGAAAUUUCCAUAGUAUAUCACUUCGAUGUUGUCGACGAACCUGAAGUUAAGGUUCUCGAUAACUCAUCCUAUUAUCAGUCCACAAGCCCCCGUAACGAUGUGAGAAUUCUUCUUCUCCGGUUCGUCCCCUCCCAACAACAUUCAUCGGCGGACUACCGUCAAUGGGAUUCGGGCAGGGAGCAUACAGCAGACUGGUCGUAUCACCAGACUCAACCCGCGGACCAGCAUUAUUCCACUUCAAUGUCAACGGCUCCCCGAUACACCCAAAACGACUACGCCUAUGAUCACCAACAUAGUCAUAUGUCGGCCGAUUCCUCGUUCAAAUACGGGACAUCCCAACACGAAACUGGUUAUGGUGUACCAGGAAUCAGUUCUUGGCCUAACCAGCACGCACAAGUGCCCUCUCUCCACUAUGCCUAUUCAUAG